AUGGCUGGCAUCGCUACUAGAUAUGUAACAGAAAACGAGCUCAAUAUCGAGAUAAGUAUCGAAGAGCUUAGUAACCACGCUCCGGCAUUGGAUAUCCUUUUGACGGAUAAAGUUAAGAGGGAUCAGGCACGACAACGUCUCCAAAAGGGAUAUAACUUUAGCAAAGAACAGGUAUUUGCAUUAAUUCCUAAGCAAACAGCUGGUCGAAAAAAAGGAGGAGCCUUACCCAAUGCUCCCAAUGCUCCUGAAACUCCCGAUAUCACCCAAGAAGCAGAACCGGACGCAGUGAAUACAUGUCAAAUUUCACCGAAAGAGACUAUUAGAGAUUUGGCCCAGCGUAUCAUUCGGGAUAAUCUUGGUGAAGCAGAAAUAAAAGUUAUAGCUAAUACCUUAGCUAAAUCCGCCUCUAAUGCUAGCGCUGGUUCAUCACGCCUUACUAGACUUCGAAGAGAGAUGAGAGCCCUCGAGGCUUCAGAAAAAAUAGUCUCUGAUACAAAGAUUCCAGACACAACCCGUUCAGCUAAUAAAAUUCAAAAGGAGAAUAGAUUGUUACAUGAAAAUGAAGGAAUCGAUUAUCCAGACCACUUCUCAUUAGAAUCGGUUAAGGAAAGACUGGAUUUAUAUGAUGUGUCCAAUAUACCUGAUAAACAAGCCCUAGCCGAUGUAAUGAUAAUGCUUUGUAUUCGCCCUGCUAAAAUUAAAGACUUACGCAUAUCUAAUGAAAGCGUAACUGAGUAUGGAAAAAACCGGGGACAACAAGACAUUCCCUGGGUAUUCAGAUCACUAGAGAAGAAUGAGGAACGGGCGAAGCAAUUGCUUAUAUGGAUUCAGGAAGCAAUUUCUUCUGGACAGUUAAAAGACCCAGGAAAGCCAGGUGUAUUAUGGGCAGUAUUUGCAGUUGUAGCUCAUGGAGCGAAGAAUUUAUCGAAAGCUGAGACCAUUGCUAGUGAAGCACUUCGCCACAGUCCCGACAACCAUGCCUCUCCUGCAAAAAACUAUACUAUAGUAAAUUAUCGGUUAAGAGGGGAACCAUAUAAUCAGGCAACGGUAUUCAAGCUCUCCGGUGAAAACUAA